AUGGAUUCUUUUCCUUCAGUCGAUGCUCUCAUUAACGGCUGCAAAAGUGCCACCGGGGUCACAUCCAGGUGGGACGUCGUUGUCAGCUAUUCCUUGGAAUCUCUAAAUAGUGUAUUGCAACGAAUUUGGACCAACUCCAUCACUUCAACCACUGUGGAGCUUAUUACCACAAGCCUCAACGAAGAUGAUGAAGAGUACCAUACGAAAUGGUGGCUCAAUCUGGGUGCUCCGACUCUACAGUUCACAAGAGAUGGAAAAGCUUCCUUGUGCAUGCCACUCAACGGAAAGCGCCAGGUAAUGGGAAAGACGGCUGCAGGUAAUGAAAGACCUGUGCGUCAGAUUCCACUCAACACCUACGCCCUUUAUGCUGUAAUUCCACUCGGUGUGGUCAGUGCGAAAUCUGGCUCGGGCCCGGGUGCUUACGAGUUCAAGGGAUCCAGCGGCAAUGUUAUCCGGUUUGAUGAGCAUCCGGAUGCCGAAUUACACAUAGUGAUCAACUUUGAGACCACCACCACGGAGGGGGCCGCCUACAAUGUUGGUCUCACCCCGGAGAUCAAGGCUCAGCAAGGGCCAAACACGCCAGCCAUCACAGAUGACUUCUCAGUUGGUCUGCGUGAUAAGCUGGCAGCGUGGAUUGCAGAUCCCUUCAACAUCAGUGCUAUUCAAUAUGCACUUGCAGUCGUCAACAAGACACCAGUUCCACAAGCGACAUUCCUCACGCCCAGCAGCCUUUCAUUCAGUGUUUACUCGAGUGACAAAGACCCAGCUGUCGCGUGCUUGAGUAUCUACAUGCAAACUCAAGGAUCUGGUUUCGAACCGGGCAAUGUUCAGCGCAGCUUCAACCUUCCUAACUCAGGUGACAUCAACAGUUUCCCCAUUCCAACUGGCUACACUGCCAGCAUCAUCAUUCGUCACGAUGUCUUCGCGCAGAAGUUUCUUCGUGACUCUAUCUUGGCUUUGAAGGUGCCAAACGAAGAUAAAAAAGUCUUCAACUCUGUUACUCUUAUGACACCCACUGAAGGUUUUCAUUUGACUGCCAAGCUCAACUCUGUCGCUGUAGCAGAUCUAGGCAAUGGCACUUGGUUUGGUGGGAUUGGCGGCGGCUUCCGUGUCACCGAUGUCAACUGGGAUUUUGGGGCUAAUGACUUAACUUUCAAGAUCAAAGGUGCCAAGGCCAGUUGGUAUUACUACUUCAAGCCGGAGUUGAAAUGGAGCGAAAAACCUAUGUCAGACCCGAAAAGCAAGCCUACGUAUGGUCGAACAAGCUAUGAAAUGAAGCUCGACAAGUCAGAUCUUGAUGUGUUUGAGGAUGUUUCCGACGAGGGUCUAGCGGCAUUAAUCAAGGUGAAUAGCAGCGACUGGCAAGCAUCUAUUCAAGCUUGGUCUCCUAGCUUGUGGGAAAUUGCCAACGGAGCCUCUGGCCUGGUUCCCGACUCAAUCGAAAAAGGCCUGAAGAAAAUCAGCCUACCAUCCUUUUCUCAUACCCUAGCCUUGCAUUACUUUGCAACGACCAACGUAUUUGCCCCUGGAAAGCACAUGCUAAGUAUUAGCGGUGCGUCUGCCGUCUACACACCCUACGAUGUUAUUAUUCUCGGCAAUGUCGUAGAGACAGUGGCCAUGAGUCCUCCGAAAUUGGAUGGUUGCGGUCGAGGUCUGUUGGGAGCCACGUCAGGAAACAAGAACAUCACAGACUUGAUCAAUGACUUAGCGAUUGGCAGACCAAUCAUGCGCCAGCUUACAGCAUGUGUAUUGUCGAAUUCAUCUCCGCAAGAAGUAUUGGAGAAAGCCGGGUACAGCGUCAGUGACAACGAUAUAACAGUCGCUCUCCAGGCAGCAGAUGCAGGACCUCAGUUUGACGCCCGUUUCGUAGCAGGGUUAUUCUAUCUUGACGGAACGAAAUUGAACACCAGUGUUGAUAAUGAAGGCUUCGUCAGUUGGACCUGGGGCGACUACUCUUACGCCGUUGAAUUUACUACACCUUACAACUCCAAGGGCACCGCAGAUCCAAAGACUUUCCAAGGCACCAGGACCAGUCUGAGUUCGGCGACCGUCGAGUCGGUAUCAGGUGCUGAACUUAUCCCCGAUCCAUCAGACGACUGGUUCACAAACACAAAGUGGGGGUUAAGCACCGGAUGGGUAGCAACAAUAUUUAGCACAGGACUUGCUGUCUAUCUUUGGGUCAUUCAAAUGCGCGCCGAUCGUCGUAAUGCUGGUCGAGAUAGAAUGAUACAGGCAGCCGCCCUAACGAUACAGCUGGCCGAAAUGCAAGCCGCGCGCUAUCCACUCCCGGCUGAAACGUUGGACAAUGUCUUGAACGAUUUUCAAGACGGUAUAGAACAAGCGGCUCGAGAAAAGGGGCUAGUUCCGAAUAUCAUUGACGACGGGCCUGCCCACUACGACCCUACAGCGGCAUCUGAGGCAGCCAAGGAGAGACUUCGAAGUCUUCUCAAAGAAGCUCUAACACCAUAUCUGAUGCACAGACUUGCUCCUAUGGUGACCUUCAUGGGUCCUGAAGCUGCCAGAGCGGCUAUCAAUUAUCGAACUAACAUUGUAUUGGAUCAGAGUCAAGUCCUUGACCGUUUUAACGAGACUUCACCAUACAUUGUCAAUAUCAUGGACAGUGUCAAGAAGCGAGAGGAGGCUAGUGAAGCACGCGUAAAGGAGGAACAUGAAUCUGCCGCAGAGAAAGUUGCAAACGCAGAGUUAAAGACCAAUAGAGACAACGCAGCUCUGGAAAGCCAACUCCUCGCCGAACAAGUGGAGAAGCUUCUGGGCGGCUACGGACAAGGUCGAUUGCCCUGGAUGCACCCUUCGCUUUACCCUGUUGAGGAGACUCUUUUCCCAGGAAUAGACGGAGCACCUGACGCCCCGCUACUAGUCGAUGUUGCCGGAGGUCUUGGACACGAUAUUCACGGGUUCAAGAAGUUUUUUCCCAGUCACCCAGGAAAAUUGAUCCUCCAGGACCUUCCAGGUGUGACCAACGACGUGAAGAACAUCGAUCCUUCGAUAUAA